AGGGCCAUGAGUGCAGGCUGCUGCCUGUCAGUGAGGCACUGAUCAGAUGUGUGUCAGAGUGUUGCUGUCUCUCGGCCAUGGCCUGUCUGAUGGCUGCCUGGUCCGUCCACAACCCCACUGUCACCAACUCCAUCAUCAUGAAUACCAACGGGCCCCCUGACCUUAUGUUGGAUCCCCGGACAGUUUGUCUUUGUAUGGAUGAGGUGGUCAACAAGCGGCUGGCGGGCAGCCAGCAGACGCCACUGCUGCAGGGACACCUGAAGAAGGUGGACAACAACCUGAUGGAGGCCCAGAGGUUCUCCUCAUUACCUCGCAGACCCGCGGUCAACAUUGAGUUCAAAGACGUCUCCUUCGUGGUCAGAGAGGGACCCUGGUGGAGGAAGAAAGGUUACAAAACUCUGCUCAAAGCCAUCUCUGGGAAAUUCACCAGUGGGGACCUGGUGGCUAUCAUGGGGCCCUCAGGAGCCGGAAAGUCCACGCUCAUGAAUAUCCUGGCCGGGUACAGGUCAGUGGAUCUGUCCAGAGCGCGCUCAGUGCACGUCUGUCUUUGCGUACAGGGAGACGGGGAUGAAGGGCGAGAUCCUGAUCAACGGGCAGCCCAGAGACCUGCGCUCUUUCCGGAAGGUUUCCUGUUACAUCAUGCAGGACGACAUGCUGCUGCCUCACCUCAGUGUCCAGGAGGCCAUGAUGGUGUCGGCCAGCCUGAAGCUGCAGAAGGAGGAGGCGCGCAGAGACAUGGUGAGCCGAUCGCUCCUGGCCUCCCUGAUCUCAGACUCUACCCUCAGGCUGAACUCGGAUCUCUGCUCCUUCAGGUCCGGGACAUCCUGAUGGCUCUGGGUCUGCUGGAAUGUGCUCAAACCAGGACGUCUCACCUGUCGGGGGGGCAGAGGAAGCGGCUGGCCAUCGCUCUGGAGCUUGUCAACAAUCCGCCGGUCAUGUUCUUCGAUGAACCCACGAGUGGCCUGGACAGCUCGUCAUGUUUCCAAGUGGUGUCUCUGCUCAAAGCUCUGGCUCGAGGAGGACGGACGGUUAUCUGCACCAUCCACCAGCCGAGCGCAAAACUGUUCGAGCUCUUCGACAAGCUGUACGUGCUGAGUCAGGGUCAGUGUAUCUACAGGGGACAGGUGUCCAGUCUGGUCCCGUACCUGAGAGACCUCGGGCUGAACUGCCCCACGUACCACAACCCCGCUGACUUCGUGAUGGAGGUGGCGUCCGGAGAGUACGGGGACCAGAUGAUCAGGCUGGUGACGGCAGCUCAGGAGAAGAAGUGUGAGAAAGACCACCAGCCCGAGCUCAACGGAGACAGCACCCUCCACCCCUUCCUGUGGCAGCGCACCGAGGAGGAGAGCUCAUCGUCUGAAGGCUGUCACAGCUUCUCUGCUAGCUGCAUGACGCAGUUCUCCAUCCUGUUCAGGAGGACCUUUCUCAGCAUCCUCAGAGACUCGGUGCUGACUCACCUGAGGAUCUCGUCUCACAUUGGGAUCGGCGUUCUUAUUGGUCUGUUGUAUCUGGGUAUCGGGAACGAAGCCAAGAAGGUCCUGAGUAACUCGGGGUUCCUCUUCUUCUCCAUGCUGUUCCUCAUGUUCGCCGCUCUGAUGCCCACGGUGCUCACCUUUCCUCUGGAGAUGGGCGUCUUUCUGAGAGAACACCUCAACUACUGGUACAGCCUGAAAGCGUACUACCUGGCCAAAACCAUGGCUGAUGUCCCCUUCCAGGUAGUGUUCCCGGUGGUGUACUGCAGUAUCGUGUACUGGAUGACGGCUCAGCCUCCGGACGCUGGCCGGUUCUUCCUCUUCCUGUCUCUGGGGAUUCUGACAUCUCUGGUGGCUCAGAGUCUGGGUCUGCUUAUCGGAGCUGCCUCCACCUCUCUGCAGGUGGCCACGUUUGUGGGUCCGGUCACGGCGAUCCCGGUUCUGCUGUUCUCCGGGUUCUUCGUCAGCUUCGAUACCAUCCCCUGGUACCUGCAGUGGAUGUCCUACAUCUCUUACGUCAGGUACGGGUUUGAGGGCGUCAUCCUGUCCAUCUACAGCCUGGGUCGUGAUGAUCUUCACUGCGAUGAAGGUGAGGCGUGUCACUUCCAGAAGUCUGAGGCAAUCCUCAAGGAGCUGGACAUGCUGGACGCCAAACUCUACCUGGACUUCAUUGUCCUCACCAUCUUCUUUUUCUCUCUGAGACUCAUUGCUUAUUUUGUCCUCCGGUACAAAAUCAGCUCUGAGAGGUAGAGCGGGGCCGGGAGGAAGAGGAGGAGUCGCAGAGCAAGAACCCGGAGGCCGAAGAGCAGCUGUCCAGUUUGUCUCCACUUUGACUCGCUCUUAAACAACACAUGAAGAAGAGAUGGCGUGUGAGGACACCGCAGGCCUACAGGGGGAGAUCUCAUGGACUCAUGGAGGUCCUGUGGGACCAGGAGCUGGUCUUCUGGAUCCUGGAGGUUUCACCAUGCCACAUCCUGACUGAUUUCUACUUUUUAGAAUAAAAGCCUCUGCAGUUGCAGGAUGAUGACAUCUCUGCCUCUUUAGUUUAUUGCUGAGGUCAAAGGUGAGAGCAGCACAGAGGCCCUGAUUUCCUGAGUUCUGUCCUUCAUGUUUAAGCAUCCUGCCUCUGCAGAUCCACUGAAGGCAGUGAUGCAGGAAUGUUUCAGAUUUUGCAAAUCCUGGAAAACUGUUGGAUGAAGUUUUCGGCAGUGGAUUUAAAAGUUUUUUUAAUCUUCCAUCCACCCGACCGACAUUCACACACAAAGACACAUGAUGUCAAACAAAAAUCUUCUAGAUCCUGGAAGCUUUUCUUUUGAGGCUAAAACAAAACUCAGUGGGCUGCUGGUGAAAACUAACUGGGAUAAAAAUGAUGAAAAAUCAAACUUUUGAGCAGAAAGUGUUUGGGAGUAAAUCCACAUGAUUCAGAUAUAAAAGUUUUACAAUAAAUAUGAAUAAAAAUCAUUGUCUGGAACCUGUUUAAGCACAAAUAUUACAUCUGUUUACUUUGAUAAAAUUCACAUUAAAUAAAUUUUAGAAAACUUUCCUGUGAAAAAACAGAAAAACUGAUAUUUCAAUAAAACAAUAAAAGAAUAAUUACCCACACCGUGUUCUGAAAGGUAGGAUGAACAAAACAAUGAAAAUAUCAAAAGUAUUUGUCAUGUUGAGAUGCUGUUUAUUCCUGAUCAUUUCACUGGCUGUGACAGAACUAAUUAAACUGAAUUAUGGGAACAUUA